CGAACAUGUGGGCUACUUUCAAAGUUUCGUGCUACCAGUUGACUACUUUAACAAUGUAGUUUAUCAUGUAUGAAGGCUAAAGCCUACUUGUGUUCAUUAGAGCACCUUUGCUGAUACAAAUACUUGUUCAAAUGACCUCAACCACACGACGUUCAUAUAGCCUCGACUCAAUUUCAUCUAAACAUAACCAUAUGCAUGACUCAGAGCAAUGACAACAUACCAGUCCGUCCACAUAUCAAAAUGUUUCUCAUACUUCAACCUCCUGCAAAGGGACUAAGGCCACUUAAAAACGAUGUCUCCCAAGCGCCAAGACCACAACUUUGCUGAACAGUCGCUCCAGUAUAGAAGACUGGAAGUUACAAUCGAUUCCUACCUACGGCCAUACCGACAGUCUCCACAGCUGUGUGAUCUACCGGUCGAGCUGCUUCUCAUGAUUGCGGACAAUCUGGAUCACCGAGACUUUUGCCAUUUUGCGGCCAUAACUAAGCGAAACUGGGUCAUAUUUCGACCAAAAUGCCAUAAGAUGGCCUUGAAAACGGCAUACCUCCCUGGAUUGGACAGCAUUUUUUUCCCAAAGUCAUGGUUUUUCCGUGCAGUAAGGAAGGGAAAUUUAAAGACAGUUUCGAGCUUCCUAUUCCAUGGUGUUGAUCCAAAUUCUCCCGACUCCAUGGGAAUGCGUGCCCUGCAUGUUGCGGUGGGCUGUCCCAGUUCUAGGGUGAUGACAAAACUUCUUUUGACUCACGGCGCGAAUCCGGAUCUGUCUGCUAUCGACCAUGCGUAUAUAACACCAGUAUAUAUGGCUGCCCUGACAGAGAAUCGUACAGUUACUUGUUUGCUCAUGCUACACGGUGCUGAUGUCAGGAAGGGCCACGUCAUUCAUCAAAUGGCCGCCAACUCUGACGUGGACCUUGUGCGUCAUGCGAUAUUCUUUGGCGCCGAUGUCCACGACGUAACCGACAAGGGGUACAAUCUUCUUCACAGCGCGGCAAGGAAUCCUUCUUCCCUCGUUUUGUCCGAGCUACUAGGGCGAGGCCUCGAGAGCAUGAUUAACAGUGUCAACCAGUACGGUAGGACACCACUAUUGGAAGCCAUAGGUUAUAAACACGUUGAAAAUGUCAACAUUUUACUUCAGCAUGGUGCAAACCCUAAUGUUUUAUGCAGAGACGGUAGCUCAGCACUCCAGAAAGCAUGUUGUUUGAACGAAGAAGAUGCUGUAGGAGCUUUAAUAACGGCAGGGGCCAACAUUGAACUCGCAGGGCCAGGUGGUAAAAAAGCCAUACACUGUGCUGCAACAAUUUCAGCGGCAAUAACGCGUGUUGUUUUGGCCGGCGGUGCGAACGUCAUGGCGACUGACAAUGACGGAAAUACAGCUCUGCACUACGCGUGCAUGCUCACCAAUACUGAGCAGCACAUUGACGCUGAUGUAUUGGAGACUAUCAAGCUCCUCGUCACUUGGCAGGCGUCAACUGAAACAGUGAACAACGCUGGCCGGGCCCCGGUCGACUGCGCCGAAAUUUCCUGUCAGGCCAAACUGGCCGGGUUCAUGACUGAGCUAUUCACCGGUCAGUCUUCAUCAAAAAGCAACUAAACCAAGCCAUCAAUGAAAAUGGCCUGGGGAUAAUGCAACUGAUCGAUGUUGUAAGGACGGAGCCAGUGGGAAACGGGCGGGGCUGUGUAUGGCAGGUGCGGGUACCGUGCGG